AGAGCGCCGGUCGCUUGCUACCGUUGCCAUCGUAAAAAAGUACGUUGCAAUGGAACUCGACCCAUGUGCGCUCGAUGUGACGCUACCAACGCUGAAUGCACUUAUCCGACCUCUCGACGCACACGCAGCAAUCAACCUACCUUUGUCGAUCCUUUUAUCGAGAAUAUUUCUCGCUUGGAAGCUAGGAUC